CAUUGCGGUAUAGUUUCAUUUCAGGAGCAAAAGAAUUCGUAUCUAUGAGUAAAGUAUACAAAAUAGAUUUUGUAUCGACAACACUAACCCUCAUAAGAGAAAACAAAUUACUUAUACUAUUAAUAUAUCAUCCUCUACGAGACAUUAGGUAACAAACAUGGCUCUGGUUACUGGUAGUCCCUCUCUGUUGAACAAACAGACGUUGAUGAAAUAUCUUAGUCUUCCUCAGCCUGAUAAUGUGGUGCAAUGUAUGUACAUCUGGAUAGAUGGCACUGGCGAAUCCAUACGGGCUAAAACAAGGACUGUAAAUUUUGUUCCGAAACAUCCGGAUGAACUACCCAUCUGGAACUAUGAUGGCUCCAGUACCUAUCAGGCUGAGGGAUCAAACUCGGAUAUUUAUCUUCACCCUGUCGCCCUCUACAAGGAUCCAUUCCGCGGUGGCAACAACAAAUUGGUGUUAUGUGAAACCUACAAAUACAAUCAUAAACCGACAGAGUCUAACAAAAGGAGAUCUUGUGUUGAGGCAAUGGAGAAAGCGGCGGAUGAGUAUCCGUGGUUUGGAAUUGAACAAGAAUACACUCUGCUGGACCAGGAUAAACAUCCUUUUGGUUGGCCAAAGAAUGGUUUUCCUGGCCCACAAGGACCUUACUACUGUGGUGUAGGGUCUAACAAAGUGUAUGGACGAGAUGUCGUUGAGGCACAUUACAGGGCCUGUAUGUAUGCUGGAAUUAACAUCGGGGGCUCUAAUGCAGAAGUCAUGCCUGCUCAGUGGGAGUAUCAAGUUGGUCCAUGUGAGGGUGUUACAAUCGGAGAUGACCUGUGGAUGUCCAGAUUUAUUUUGCACCGAGUGGCUGAAGACUUUGGAGUAGUCGUGUCCUUUGAUCCCAAACCAAUCCCUGGUGACUGGAACGGAGCAGGUGCUCACACAAACUUCAGUACCAAGGCUAUGAGAAAUGAAGACGGCUUAGCUGCAAUCGAGCAGGCCAUUGAAAAAUUGGCCAAGAAGCACGAGUUCCACAUCCGCGCUUAUGAUCCCAAUGAAGGCAAAGACAAUGCUCGACGUCUGACAGGACUCCACGAGACAUCUAGCAUUCAUGAUUUUUCAGCAGGCGUGGCCAAUCGAGGGGCUAGUAUCCGUAUUCCUCGGCAAGUUGCGGAAGAACGAAAAGGAUACUUGGAAGACAGACGCCCUUCAUCAAAUUGCGAUCCUUACUCUGUGGCUGAGGUGAUUGUCAGGACGGUGUGCCUGGACGAGUAACGGAUGCGGGUAGUAGUUUGGAACCUUGGACGGUGACAGCGGACACAGCACAUAUGUUUUCUUUUUCUCUCAACGAAAUAUUUUCUCAUAGAUUUUUCCAAAUUAUUUUAUGUUUUUCACUGUAUUAGUUUAUUCGAUAGGAAGCACAAGGUAAAAUGAAAACUCUAGAUUUUAGACGUGUCAAACUACGUGUUGGAAGUAUAUUGUAUAUGGAUAAAUAAUUAUUACUAAGGUAGCAAGUAUAGCUGUUUAUUAGCUUAUUAGCUUACAAACUUCAACAGAAGUGUAUAUGUACAUUUGUCUGUUCUGUGUAAUUGUACCUAUGGGUAAGUUGGUCCUAUAUUGGCAACAAUAAAAGGUUUCUUAAAAAUCAAUA